AUGAGUAGGAUAUUUUGUAUAAUUGCACCUUCUCAGCCUUCAGUUGAGUUCACUCCUUAUCCUUUGCUUUCAUAGUUCCGUUCCAUUUUCCCUAACAAACCUGCAUCAGAUCCGAUCAGAUUUAACUCAGAUCCAUCCGUAUCGGGUCUUCUAAAUUCCAGAUCUUUACUUUUCUCGAGUAAAGGAAGAAAGAGGAAGGGAGAGAUGAGAGAGAUUAUUAGCGUCCACAUUGGCCAAGCUGGGAUUCAGGUUGGGAAUUCAUGCUGGGAGCUUUACUGUCUUGAACAUGAAAUCCACCCCGAUGGAACAAUGCCGAGCGACACCUCAAUGGGCGUCGCACACGAUGCUUUCAACACUUUCUUCAGCGAAACGGGUUCGGGAAAGCAUGUGCCUAGAGCUGUCUUUGUUGAUCUGGAACCCACUGUUAUCGAUGAAGUACGGACCGGCCCUUAUCGCCAACUUUUCCACCCUGAGCAGCUUAUUUCCGGCAAGGAAGAUGCUGCUAAUAAUUUUGCCAGAGGCCACUAUACAAUUGGGAAGGAAAUUGUGGAUCUCUGCCUAGAUCGAGUUAGGAAGUUAGCUGAUAACUGCACUGGUCUGCAAGGCUUUAUGGUGUUCAAUGCUGUCGGCGGUGGAACCGGUUCUGGUCUUGGAUCUUUGUUGUUGGAGCGCUUGUCGGUGGAUUAUGGAAAGAAAUCAAAGCUCGGGUUCACCAUCUAUCCUUCUCCUCAGGUCUCAACUGCAGUUGUGGAGCCUUACAAUAGUGUUCUGUCCACUCAUUCCCUUCUUGAGCACACAGAUGUGGCCGUGCUCUUGGACAAUGAAGCAAUUUACGACAUAUGCCGGAGAUCCCUCGAUAUCGAGAGGCCAACUUACACCAAUUUGAACCGGCUGAUUUCUCAAACCAUAUCGUCCUUGACGACUUCUUUAAGGUUUGAUGGAGCCAUUAAUGUAGACAUUACAGAGUUCCAAACCAAUCUUGUGCCAUAUCCUCGGAUCCAUUUCAUGCUCUCUUCUUAUGCGCCUGUUAUCUCAGCUGAGAAAGCAUACCAUGAACAGAUAUCAGUUCCUGAGAUCACAAACGCUGUGUUUGAGCCCUCAAGCAUGAUGGCUAAGUGCGAUCCAAGGCAUGGCAAGUACAUGGCUUGCUGCCUGAUGUAUCGAGGAGAUGUGGUGCCCAAGGAUGUGAAUGCUGCUGUCGCUACCAUCAAAACGAAGAGGACCGUGCAGUUUGUUGACUGGUGCCCAACUGGUUUCAAAUGCGGUAUUAACUAUCAGCCCCCAGCUGUUGUCCCUGGAGGAGAUCUUGCUAAGGUGCAGCGAGCUGUUUGUAUGAUAAGCAAUAACACAGCAGUGGCAGAGGUGUUUGCACGCAUUGACCACAAGUUUGAUCUGAUGUACUCGAAGAGAGCUUUUGUGCAUUGGUAUGUUGGAGAGGGCAUGGAAGAAGGUGAAUUCUCGGAAGCCCGUGAGGAUCUGGCUGCUCUUGAGAAGGAUUAUGAAGAAGUUGGUGCUGAAGGUGGAGAUGAUGAAGACGAAGGUGAAGAAUAUUGAUGCUACUAUCGCAAUAUCAUUUAUUUUGAAGAUGAUGGGUUCACCCUGUGAGGGUAUCCUGUUCUUUCUUAUUCGUGUGAGGUUUCUCAAAUUAUGCCUAUGGAAUAAAUUUAGUCAUGUUUGCUUGUCAUUUUUUUGUUGUUAGAAAUGCUUGUCUUUUACUUAUGAUGCUCCAUAAGAACAUGAAUAGCCUUACAAGCUAUUGUUCUGUUUUUCAUGUUGUAAGAUUUGUCUAAUGCCUUUUUAUGCUAUCAACGGAGUGAUAUUUAUAUUUAAAAAAAAAAAAAAACACAAUAAUUGUUUUAGGUACAA